UCGCGAGAUCUGCGCGGUCCAAAGGUUUUCCCACUAUGGUUUCCAGUCAAAACAAACAGCGGCUAGAAAAGGUGGUUUUAAUCUCAGAAACUUGCUUUUUUUCUCUGUCGUGAUGAUCAGCCUGUGAUGAUGACGACAGAGAGCUGAUGUGGUCUGAGGAGGAGGAUGAAGAUGAGGGUGAACAACAGCCAGCUGCUGUUUCUGUCCAGACAAGAAACCUCUGGAAACUUCCAGAAAGAAGGAACGCUGCGAGUUGGACGACAGGAGAGAGAUCUCCGUGAGCGGUUCUGUCGGCUGAGAGGAAACCUGCUGUUCAUCCUGAAGACACAGGGUGGUAAACUAGAAGAGGUGUUGCUGUUGGAGAGAUGUGAAGUCAUGAAGCUUCCAGACGAUGAAAGACGACUGGCUGUCGUGUUUAUCAGCUGCGACCCUGCUGUGUUUCUGGAGUCGAGCAGCUCUGCAGAGUGUGCGUCGUGGCUUGCCGUCCUGAGAGACGCCAACACUGACACGCUGAGGCGACGCAUCGCACACCUCCGCACGGUCAUUAGCACACACACCGCUGCACACAUCAGUCGGGGAGAGGAAGACCUGGAAGAUUGUGCAGGUGAAGGGGGAGUCGAAUCUGCUGCUAAAGUCUCUCCACUGGACAUGAGUUUUGAGUGUCGAGUUGUGGUUGCCGUUGCAGCCAGCAGAGUCAAAGUACAAGUGUGUGUCAUCGACACACACACUCACACAGUCAGGAAGCACAGCUGCUGCGAGAUAGUGGAGGGGCCGGAUGACAGUGUGUUUCUAACAUCAGUGCGUUUCCGUGGGGACUACCCUCUCUACCAUCACAGCCGGAUCAACGUUACCUUUCACCACCAAGAGGAACCGACAACACACACCACAAGGAGCUUUCUGGGUUUCACCUCCUUCUCCGUCAGAGAUCUGCUCCGGUCCAAAGAGCCUCACAUCUCGCUCAGCCUCAGGAUGAUAGAUGGAGUGAGCGAGGCCGGGGAGGUGAAGGUGUCCCGUCUGCAGAUGGAGGGAGAAACUCCUCCCGAACACGAGUGUCCUGCCGUGUGCGACCGUCUUCACAGCUCCGUCCACGACAAAGAAAACAGUCCAAUGAUGAGAGCUGUGCUGUGUGCCCAGGUGUGUAAGGUGUACAGGUUUCUGACGGAGGAUCAAAGAUGGCUGCUGGUUCGGGAACAGAUGUCGGAGACGCCGCUCUCCUUCUCUCUACCCAAACAGCUACUGAGCACGCUCAUACGCAGUCACACCAGCAGGAUCCAGGAAGUGAAGGAGCUUGGCGACCUUUCACCCCACUGGGAUGGUCUCCGCCAUGAUGUCAUCAACCACUGCAACCACCUGAUUGGCUGUUACCAGGAAACGCUCGCUGAGCUCGAUAAACUCUCAGCCUCGUCCUGUUUCAAGUCGAGCAGCAGUAAAUCAGACAAACACCUUCAGUUUGUUCCCACCAACCUGCACUCACAGAGGAUGGAGGUCACCGGUCCCAACAGCCCAGGCGUGUGGUAUGAGGUCAUAACGUUCGGUGCUCCGGCUCAUCACCACCAGGCCUUCAAACACGGAGGACUGAAAAGACUGCUCAGCAAACACACAAACAAUAGAGACGGCUCUGUCUCUUACUCCCAGGACGAGAGCUCCAGAGCGAGGGAGCUGCUGGCCAGCGUGGCCCAGCUGCAGCCUCUCGUCUUCGGGCUCGCUGAGGAGCUGCUGGCCGUCUCUCUGGAGCUCAACGCCGCGCAGCUGCAGCAGGUGCUGGACAGCCUGACCCAACAGACGGAGCAGUUUGUCCACGCGCUCAAAGACGAGCUGGUGAAGAGCGCCCUGCUGGCGAUCCACAGCCAGCGCUCGGCCAGCGACAACAACAGCCACGUCCACAGCAACGGGUUGCUCUGCGACAACACGUUACGACAACAGGCGUCGCCGGGGCAACAGGACGCCAGCCGACGGGACGCGGAGGAGUACGUCGAGGAGGAAUGGGACAGAGCGUGGGCGAAUGUCGCCAUGAGCCUCAACUGCAUCCACGCCAUGGGCGACCGGCUGCAGGGGCGGGAGCACCGUCACCAGGAGAUGACAUCAUCAGAGGAGCAGGAAGCCACAGGAGACACAAACUGUCAGAACACCGCCUCCUCCUCCUCCUCCUCCUCCUCUUCCUGGCAGGAGCAGCUGCUCCCUCUGGUGGUCACGCUCAGGGACUGCGUGCGUGAGGCGGCGGGGAAGGCCCGAGCCGCCAUGACCUUCGUGGUCCUGCAGGGGGCGGUGGCGGCGAGCGUCGCCCAGGGGCCUGAACACAUCGUCCAGAGACGCCACGCCGUCUUCAGCCAGGCGCUCUCAGCGGUCGUGUGUGGUUUCAUGUUGAAGCUGUUCGGAGGUCUGGAGGAUCCCGACUUCCUGCUGCAGCUUCACUCAGUCGGAGUCCUGGUUCAGUUUGAAGGCUUACUCAGCACCUACGGUGACGAGGUGGGGAUGCUGGAGGACAUGGAGGUGGGUGUGGCAGACCUGAGCACAGUUGCGUUCACUGUCAGUGAGGCGAAAUCAGAACAAGCGGAUGACCUGCUGCCUACCCUCAGCGGAGCAUGGGGCAGUUUGGUCGUCGAGGUCCCGUUGCCCCCGGAGACCUUCGAGUCGUUGCCACAGGAAGUGAAAGACGGGCGUUUGAUACGGGUUCAUCCUGUUCUCUUUAACAUUGGAAUCAACCAGCAGCAGAGUCUGGCUGAGAGGUUUGGUGACAGCUCGCUGCAGGAGAGAGUGAACCAGCAGAGCUGUGAGCGUCUCCGCGUUUACUGCAACACGCUGACAGACACGCUGCCUCACACGGCUGGUAUCCAGUCACUAUCAGACCUGCUGUCCUCUCUGGAUCGCAGCGUCCAAACCAAGAAGAGGAAGAACGUGGAGGUCCUGUGGAUCGCUGCUACGGUGUGUCGUAGGGUGAACGGCGUGCGUCUGACGAGCUGUAAGAGUGCGAAGGACCGCACGGCGAUGUCGGUGACGCUGGAGCAGUGCUUGUUACUGCGAGAGCGACACACACUCAGCCCGCGGCACUUCAGCGCCGCACUCGACUGCAUGAGGAGGUUCCGUCUGUCCUGGGGGCAGAUGCUGGGCUGUUACCCCCAGCCAGGGAGCCCUGUCUGUGGGUUAGACCCUGAGGAGCGUCCCGCGGGCCUCCAGAGCUCCGGGAUCCCGUCGGGUUCGGCCCCUAAAGCUCCCAGACGACACGUGUACCCGGUGGCGCUCCUCCUGGUGUCCUCCCACCUCCUGGUGCUUUGGCUCAUCCUCAGCGUGGUUAUCCUGCUGGCCAAAUACCCGUAGACCGGCACAGACUGGGAACGCUGGGGGCACAGGGGGCGGGUUACUGUCUCU